UCAAUUCAACAUCGGUCCUGGUACCCUGAUAAUUUCAUGAGCCUCAAAUAAGUCAAAUAGCGGUUUCGAGAUCUGGUUGACACACAAAACGGUACUUCUUACUCCGAUUUCACAAAACGCAUCGGCGACAAUUAUCGACAAGAGCAAAUUCAGAGAAGCAUGUGUUUGUGGAAAAUCGCGAUUUUUUUGAGUGUGUUCUCGGGAUGGGCAAGUCCUUCCCUUCAAGGGCAUGACGAACAGAGAGGACUUUUCGGUUUUCUUUUCUCUCCAUGUCAAUGCAAAUGCGGAAUCAAAAAUCUGGAAGCGAGGUUCUUAGGGGGAGAGUAUACCAAAGGUCAUGAAUUCCCUUGGUUGGCCCUGAUUCAAAUCAAGGGUUUCCCAGCCGCCUCAGCAACUUUGAUCAACAGCCGAUAUGUAAUAACAGCAGCUUGGCACCUAAUUGGUUUGACCCCGUAUGACAUCAAGAUCACCUUUGGACAAUUCGACAAAUGCUUUCCCGAUGUUUCAUCCAAUAACGUUAGCGUAGAAAAAAUAUUGAUCCAUCCCGAUUUCAACCCAAGCAACAGAGCUCACGAUAUAGCUUUAGUUAAGACGACAGGUACAAUAAUUUUUGAGAGACGAAUAUCCCCCAUAUGCCUAGGAUUUCCAGACACAAAAUAUGUAGGUCAAGUGGCUACCGUAGCGGGUUGGGACCAAUCCAAAAACUCCGAUGGAUCAAGUUCCUCAUCCUGUCGUCCUAAAAAAGUUGGUCUACCUGUCUUGGGUCCUUCUGAAUGCUUAAUGUCCAGGAACGUACAGAACGUGAGCGCUGACAAGGGUUGCCUUGGAGUUUUGGGAGCACCAAGUGUUAUUUGUGGCAGUGAUGCAGGCAGUCCGGUUAUGUAUAGGUCUUAUGAUGGCGUAUAUGAACUGAUAGGUAUAAUGACUGAUUCGAAUGAGUGCAGUACUCAGCCAAGCACAGCACUAUACACAAGAAUCGACGAGCACUUAUCCUGGAUAACCCGAAGUACCAGAGAAGGGUGCUACUGUCUCAAAAUCUAACCUUAUAAAUUAUAAAAAAAGAAAUAAACAAGAUA